ACACAAUGUCUUUCUGUAGUGUCUUUGCAUUAUUUGUAACAUGUUAUCUUUUCUUUGCAUCUGGUACUUCAAUCAAACUUCAGGAUGGUGGCUAUGAAGACAUUGUUAUUGCAAUUAAUCCAGGACUGCGAGAGAAUGUCAAGAUUAUUGAAAAUAUUCAGAAUAUGAUAAAUGGAGCUAGCCAUUAUUUAUUUAAUGCUACAAGGAAUCGAGUCUAUAUAAAAAGUGUAAAAAUCUUAAUUCCUAUGACUUGGUCAAACAAGAGCUAUACCAAGGCAAGAACAGAAACCUAUAAUAAGGCAGAUGUGAUCAUUGCCACCCCUCAUCUCAAGUUUGGAGAUGACCCAUAUACUCUGCAGUAUGGUGGCUGUGGAGAAGCAGGAAAAUACAUUCAUAUGACACCAGACUUCUUGCUGAAUGAUGUCCUGGUUUCUGUUUACGGACCUCGAGGGAGAGUCUUUGUCCACGAAUGGGCGCAUCUACGAUGGGGCGUUUUUGAUGAAUACAACUAUGAAAAACCUUUUUAUAUUACUGGAGAUAAAAAUAUAGAAGCAACAAGAUGCUCUGCUGAUAUUACUGGCACCUACAUUAAACAGUGUCAAGGACAAACCUGCAAGUGCAUCCGUGACCCACAAACAGGCCUUUAUGAAGAUGACUGUGUAUUUGUACCUGAAAGGAAUGGGGCUGCCAAGGCAUCUAUCAUGUAUUUACAGGCACUGCCAUCUGUUACUGAAUUCUGUGACAAGAACCAUAACACUGAGGCUCCAACAUUACAGAACCGGAUCUGUAACUCACGUAGCACAUGGGACGUCAUUAUGAACUCCACUGAUAUAAAGUCCACUCCUCCACAGGCUGACUCCAAUAUCCCAGCAGUCCCCUCCUUCUCGCUGCUACAGAGUUCUGAUAGAGUUGUGACUCUGGUGCUUGAUGUGUCUGGAAGUAUGGCCAGUGGUGGUCGCAUUGAACGGCUGUACCAGGCAGCAGAAGUGUUUCUUAUGCAGAUUGUUGAAGAGGGCUCUUAUGUUGGGAUUCUCACUUUCUCAACCUCGAUAUCUGUCCUCUCCAAAUUGGUGCAAGUAAUUGAAAACACUCAGCGGAAACAACUAAAGUCCUUCCUUCCAACAAAUGCAUUUGGUGGAACAGACAUUUGUUUGGGAAUUAGGGAGGGCAUCAAGAUAAACAGACAGUAUGAUGGAUCAUCAUAUGGCACGGAACUAGUCCUCCUGACAGAUGGAGAAGAUAACUAUGACACAUCUAAAUGCUUUCCUGAUAUAACCAAUAGUGGAGCGAUCAUUCAUGUCAUUGCUUUGGGCCCUAAUGCAGCCAAGGAACUUGAACAAAUUGUAGACAUGACAGAGGGAUUACGCUUUCUAGCAACAGAUAAAGUGGAUACUCAAGGAUUAAUUGAGGCUUUCAUCAGCCUCACAGCUGGAGAUGGGGCUACUACCCAGCAUGCUAUUCAGCUGGAGAGCUCUGGCUCAGUUGUUAACCCAAAGGAUUGCUUAACUGGCACUGUCUUUAUGGACAAGACAGUGGGGAAUGGAACGUUCUUUCUAGUCACAUGGGUAAACUUGGUACCAGCCAUCAAUCUAACAGACCCAAAUGGAAAGGUAUACACAACUAACAAUUUUACCGCUGACACAACUUCAAAAUCUUCUAGACUUGAAAUCCUGGGAACAGCUGAGAGAGGAGCUUGGCAGUACAACCUGUGCAAUACUCACACAGCAAGUCAGGCCAUAGGCUUUGUGGUGACAUCUAGAGCAGCGGAUGAAAAUGUACCUCCAAUUACAGUGAAUGCUCAUAUGAAUCAGAAUGCAAAUAACUACCCUGAGCCAAUGGUUGUCUAUGCAUCAGUAAAUCAAGGACUAUUGCCUGUCAUAGGCGCCAAUGUAACAGCCAUUAUUGAGCCAGUAAAUGGCAAUUUAGUCACUUUAGAACUCUGGGACAACGGCGCAGGUGCUGAUAUUGUAAAAAACGAUGGAAUCUACUCAAGAUAUUACACAGAAUUUCAAGGAAAUGGAAGAUAUGGUUUAAAAGUGCGAGUGGAAAACGGCAACAAGAAAAGCCGACUGGCACUGCCAAGGGGCCGAGCUCUAUAUAUUCCCGGCUAUUUGGAGAAUGAGCAAAUAAUAAUGAACCCAUCACGGCCAGUAAUUAAUGAUGAGGACCUUAAUUUGGGGGAAUUCAGUAGAACAACUUCUGGUGGAUCCUUUGUAGUAAAUAAUAUACCUGCAGGUCCUCAGCCAGACUUAUAUAAACCCGACAAAGUAACUGACUUGGAGGCAAAAAUAAAAGGAAACACAAUUGUGUUGACCUGGACAGCGACUGGGGAUGACUUGGACCAAGGAGUUGUUUCAGGAUAUGACGUAAGAAUGAACAUGAACUCCAGUGAUCUCAGAAACAAUUUUGAUGGAUCUACGAGAGUCAACACUUCCAGUCUAACACCACAGAUCGCUGGAUCCAGUGAAUCAUUUACAUUUGUUCCAGAUAAGAUUACAAUAGAAAAUGGCACCAUCCUUUAUUUUGCUCUUAUUGCUUUUGAUAAAGUUUCACAGAAAUCGGAUCUGUCAAACAUAGCACAAGCGGCUCUGCUUAUUCCUCCAACUCCUGCUCCUACUACAGUUCCUACUAAAGUUCCACCCUCAAAUGGCAGUUCUGGGAGCCUGGACAUAACAUUCCUGAGUCUGAUCAUUUGUUCAUCUGCAAUGUUUGCAUUACUGUAAUUAUUAUGUUGUGUACUGUGAACUGCAGGGAAAACAUUUUGAGAAAUGUGAAUGUAAGAAAAUAUAAAUUUUAUAAAAUUAAUUGAACGCAAUUAAUUAAAUCAAUAUUACUAUACUCUAAAACAUUAAUGACUCUCAUUUUUAUAUUUGAAUCGCUAAACUAUUGCCAGCAAUUAUUCAUAUACACUGUAGUUUGUUGUAAAGUGGUUGUAAAGUGACAUUCAGUGGUGUACUAUUAAUGGGACCAAUUUACUUGUUAGAUUUAGGCCAAUGACACAUGAGGAGAUUUGUCGCCCCGCGAUUAAUCUCCUCUAGCUGUGGCAACUAAUCUUCUCAAAUGCUUUCAUAUCGGUGAGGAUGUAAAUCGCUAGUAGGAAAACAUAUGUGUUGCUUUGGCUUUCUAAAGUCGCCCCGAAGGUGCCUCGCGAGGAAACUUUGGGCGACUUUGGAAAGCUGAAGAAACACUUAUAUCUUAUAAAAGCGAUUUACAUUCUCACCGGUAGGAAAGCAUUCAAGGAGAUUAGAUCAGUGACAAAUAGUAAUGUUUCUAUGGUAAAACAGAGGGACAGCUGUUAAUGAAAGCACACAUUUCUCAUACGUGAUGUCUGUGCAUUGUUAGAAACGAAGGAAAAACAGAGGAGCAGCUUUCUAUAAGCAGAUAUAAUUUCCUACUAUCUGUCAUUGAGUUGCAAUGGAUAAUACCUUUGGUACACCUAGAAAUUGACUUUGAGUAAAGUGUCACACUUUUAGGUGAAUGACGAUGAUAUAAUGAGAAUUAAUAUUUGUGGUGCACAAAAAAGCCUUGAAUGUAUGUUUACCAUAAUAAAAAAAACUGCAUCUUUGAA